AUGCCGCUGGAGAGACUAACUGACGCCGGGCGACACGAUGCGCGAGUAGAUCAGAGCAGCUCCGCGGAGCAGACCAGCGACGACGCGUGCAUGGGGAGCGGUGGCAAGGAGGAGUACGACGCGCUGGUGGUCGGAGCAGGCAUUGCGGGAUGCGCGCUCGCUUACUCCCUCGGAAAGACGGGGCGGCGAGUGCUGGUAUUGGAGAGGGAUCUGUCGGAGCCGGAUCGGAUCGUGGGCGAGUUGCUGCAGCCCGGUGGCUAUCUCAAGCUCGUCGAGCUGGGCAUGCAAGACUGCGUGGACGGCAUCGACGCGCAGCGCGUGGACGGCUACGCGCUCUUCAUGGACGGCGGCGAUUGCAAAGGUGUCGUACCCGACGCUCUCCACGGCGCAGCUGCACAUGCUCUUCGCGGGCCACCGCCUCGACUCGGCGGGCAGCGCGGCGGGCGAGGAGAUGUGGAAGGUGGCGGGGCGGGGCUUUCCACAACGGCCGGAAUUGAUGCGCUGGCGGGACGCACAAUGGAGCAGGACGCUUAUUUCUCCCCUGAUUUGCUCUUCUCCCGCAUUUCCUCCGCUGCCUCUAUCCGCCCCGCCCUACGGUGCGAUGCGCGCAGAGUGACGCUGAGAGAGGCCACGGUGCUCGGCCUGCUGGAGGACGGCGACCGCGUCACGGGCGUGCGCUACCGCUCCGCCAAGCGCGCUUCGGGCAGCGCGCAGGGCGAAGUGCGGGAGGCAAGCGCGGUGGGCGGGAAGGGCGAGACGGAGGAGGGCGAGAUGCUGGCGCCGCUGACGUUCGUGUGCGACGGCUGCUUCUCCAACCUCCGCCGCUCCAUCUCCAAAUCCAAGGUACGCCCGCCCCCGCCCCUCGCCCCUCGCCACAAAUCUCACUUCACGCCAACACGCUUCUUGCCACAAUUCCCCGCCAACCCCAAUUCUCCGCCUAAUGCUUCCGACCCGCCAAUUCCCGCUGCCAAGUGCAGUCCCCGUCUCCCCUCAUCCGCCCUUCCCGCUUCCCCUUCCUCCCCGGCAGGUGGACGUGCCGUCGUCGUUCGUGGGGCUGCUGCUGCGCGACUGCCCCUUGCCGCACCCCAACUACGGGCACGUGGUGCUGGCGGACCCGUCGCCCGUGCUCUUCUACCCCGUCAGCAGCACGGAGGUGCGCUGCCUCGUCGACAUCCCCGCCGCACCAAAGUGCCCUCCAUCGCCUCGGGCGACAUGGCGGACUACCUCCUCUCCGCCGUCCUCCCGCAGGUACGCCCCUAUUGUCCCUCCCCUCGCCUCCCCUUUUCUCCGCUGCUGCGCGCUUUGCUCUCGCACAGUUCUGCUAUUUGGCGCCUUUGCUACCGAAGCAGCUACAAGGGCCAUUCCGAGAGGCGGUGCGGGCGGGUGACAUCCGCUGCAUGCCCAAUCGCAUCAUGCCAGCUGUCCCGUCACCCGCCCCGGCGCGCUGCUCAUGGGCGACGCAUUCAACAUGCGGCACCCGCUCACAG